AUGAUAAGCUCAUUUAAGGAUAAUAUAAGUAGCACUUGCAGUACUUAGUCGAUAAUAAUUGAUUAAAUAUCUAAAGAUGAAUCUAAAUCUAAGGUACCAUCAAAAAAAUAAAAGAAGAUUAGCAAAUAGAAUACUAAUUAAGCUAAUGAAAAUUAUGAUGAGAAAGAAUAAUAGGAAAUAGAGAGAUUGCGUUCGUUAGUUAGUCAUUAUAAAAAGCGUGAAUGUGGAGUAUAAAUUUUAUAAGAUUAUGUUGUGAGCGAUGAACCAGUAUUUAUUUUAUGGGGAAGUUGUGUGCUUGAUCUAAGAUUAAAGAGAGAUUUAGCUUACUAAAAAGAUGCUUGCUGGAGUAAAUUUAUGAAAGUUGAUUAAUUUGAGAUAUUUAAUGAUAAAUUAAGCUUGUCUAUGACCCAAUAUGCAAGUCCACUCAAGAAUAUGGAGCACAUUUCUUCUCUACUCCUUAGAUUUAAUUUAAAAGAAUUUAAAGAACUUGCUGAUGCGAUAUUAGCUUACUAAUAAGUUGCUAAUUUUAUGGUGAGUCAAAUAAGCAAUCUAAAGAAAGAAUAUUAGGGAAAAUAGAUAGAAUUUGAAUAAAUAUUAGCUGAUCGAUAAGAAUAAUUCGAAUAACUUAAAAGUAAUAUAAUUAAAUAGGAAGAAGAGGGUGGAUUGCCUUUUAUUGCAAUUACUUCUGGAUUUAAUUACACCCAAGACACAACGGCCUUUAAAAAUGCAUCAAUUAGUAAAUCAUUUUUAGAUCUUAUGGGAGGUACUGCUGAAUAGUACAUCAAUAUUAGCCUUAGAAAAGGAGGUCUUGAAUUUUUUCAGCCUCUAGAUUAAGCAAAAUAUAUAAAAGCCGUGUUAGAUUUGAUACUCUCUCAAUAAAAUAAAUCAUAUUUUGAAGCGAAGAUAAAGACAUAUGAUAAUAUUGACUUAUUUGCUUCAAUAGAAUCAGAGAUAUUUACAAUCGAUAAUGGUUAAUAUUCUCCUUUUACAGGAGAUAACAUCUUGACAAUUUAAAGAAUUAUUUUAAACGAAAAUUAAUUAAAAUCUUUAGAAACAAUUAGAAAAAACUAAAUUUUGAAUCCACUUAUUGAAUGGGAAGAAGACUUUGCAUACAGCAUUUAAUCAGAGCAGCUCGUGGAGAAAUUUUAUUUAGAUUAAUCAAAAAUUCUAAAGAAAAUGAAAAAGCUGAACAAAAUAUACAAAAAGAAAGAAGAAAAAAAAAACUUUCCAAAUAACGAAGAUAAUAGCAAAUAACCAUCUAUUAAUUCAUUCGAUUCAGGGACUAUUAAUUGA